AACAAGCGCGGUCUUGCCCGGGUCGUCAAAGGGGCCCCAGAAGACGAGGUCGCACCGCUCAAGACGCUCGAAGAACUUCUCGGGUACAAGAUGGAGCCCCUGCUGUGCGCCGUGGAGCCUCUCUCGGCAGCAAUCAAGCGCGGCAAACCCGGUGACCCGAGGACCAUCUUUUGCCACGACAUGGAUGGCAACUACAAGGAGGACAGAUUCAUCUAUGGCACUGAUGAGGCUCAAGGGUACCGCUUUCAUCACUGGCAGGUCAUCGACACGUUUAUCUACUACUCUCAUCACAUGGUCACAAUCCCACCUCCUGGUUGGAUCACUGCUGCCCACAAGCACGCUGUCAAAGUUCUUGGAACAUUCAUCCUGGGCAAGGAUGGCACCAAAGCCCUCAACACCAUCCGAUUUUCUGGCCUGACAUCCCAGGUUGCAGUCCAGCUGGCGAACGUUGCAAGGGUCGGCAGGUUUGACGGAUGGCUCAUAAGCAUUGGGUGCAAGAUGGAUCCCAGCUGUAUUUCAUUCUUGGAGGACUUGCUGUCAUCCAUCACCGAAGAAACGCACAAAGCCGUACCCGGGUCGCUGGUCAUCUGGUACGACCCCGUGGACGUCGACGGCAACGCCAAGCCCCACAACAAGCUGAACUAA